CUCAUUAAGUUUCCGCAGUCGGCUGCGGGUUCGUUUCUAGGCCCACAAAAUGCACUGCGCCACUAUGUUUUCCAAGUUAUUUUUUGUUGCCUGCUUGGUUAUGUGCUUCAAGAGAACGAGGCAAAGAGUUAUCAACCCAUCAAAUCUCAACGAAUUUGGGAAAAACGUCUGUGCCAGGUAUACAAUGCAGACUGAGGCUUACUACACUGUUGCAUCAAGGACAACUUACACGCAUACAACAACCAGUUGCGGAUGGUUUGGUUGGGGCAGAUGUGACGCAAGCAGACCAAGAACAGUGUACUACGUUGUCCAAAGGACCAGAAAUGUCAAUGUCAAAAUAAUUUACUGCUGCAGUGGAUGGAAGAAAAGCUAUUCAAGCUCAAGGGAAUGCAAGAAAGCUAUCUGCUCUCAAGGCUGUAAUUCCAAUCACGGGUCUUGUGUCGCACCCAACAGGUGCCAAUGUUCUACGGGAUGGACUGGGUCUACCUGUAGCGAAGACAUUGACGAAUGUCAAACAUUAAUACCAAGACCUUGCAGUUGUGGCGUUCCAGGGGAACCAUGUGGUGCAAACUGCGUCAACCUCGUCCCUAGCUACAAGUGUACCUGUGCACCAGGUUUUCAGCUCCGAAGUGGUGGAACCAUCUGCGAUGAUGUCAACGAAUGUUUAACGGCCAAUGGAGGAUGCCCACAAACAUGCCAUAAUCAACCCGGAAAGUUCUCAUGCGGAUGCUUUAAUGGCUUUAACCUCAUUAGCGGGAACAGUGGUACUUACUGUGAAGAUAUUGACGAAUGUCUAUCAAGUAAUGGUUUGUGCACCCAUCAGUGCGUGAAUACUGCGGGAUCUUAUCGCUGUGAAUGCCCUGCUGGGUUCUUCUUGGAUUCAAAUGGAAGAUCUUGCUCAGAUCACGAUGAAUGUUUGCUGAGUCAUCACGGCUGCCAGCAAAAGUGUAACAAUUACCUUGGAAGCUACUACUGCUCUUGCAACUCGGGAUAUGAACUCAAAGAAGAUAACAGGACUUGUUCAGAUGUGAACGAAUGCGCCCCUGUUCAUGUAGAGAGCCUCAACAAAACGGUCAUCCCAGCAGGAUGUGAUCAAAUCUGUCAUAAUACCCCAGGAAAUUACACUUGUAGCUGUGACCAGGGAUAUCAGCUUCUAUACGAUGGAAAGCGGUGCAGAGAUGUAAAUGAAUGUAACACAGGAGUCCACUCUUGUGAACACAAGUGCCACAACACGCCUGGCUCUUAUGGCUGCUCAUGUUUCUAUGGAUACAGACAAAGGGCCGACAUGCAAACCUGUGAAGGACUUCCUUGUGAGGACAUCAUCGCCCCACCUCAUGGUCAUAUGACCUGCAGCGGAUUUGUUACAAAUGAAACCUGCUGGUUAACGUGCGAGGAUGGAUAUGAAAUACAAGGUUCGGAAAAGAGAACUUGCCUCAAUUCUUCAAAGUGGGAUGGACAGCAAACGUCUUGCAAAGUGAAAAGUUGUGGUCGACUACAUCCACCAGAGAAAGGCAUAGUUUUACUACCAUGUGACGUGACGUUUGGUUCUACCUGCACACUUGACUGUAUGGAAGGAUACGUUGCCUUUGAGAGCAACAUUGCAACUUGCCGGCUGAGUAAUUCCAGCGACGUAGUAUGGGACUUAGGAAACUUUACCUGUGAAGAGAUAAUACUUUGCAAGCCCAAUCCUUGUCGGCAUGGCGGAAAAUGCAUUCUUAUCGAUUCACAAAAAUUUUCAUGUGAUUGUCAGGAUACUGGAUAUGAAGGGGACCUCUGUGACCGAGGUGUUGUUACACCUCCUGAUUUCCCAAAACUAAUUCCUGGAAGACCUUCGGAAGAUCUUUCAUUACUUGCGAAACCUGACAAUGUAUUGACUGUUUUCUUCGAUGCAACCCUGAACAUGACCUUCCAUCCGAAGAGAGUCAAGAUUCACUAUCCAUCAGAUCAAGCAGAGUUUGAGGUGAUUGGACACGAGUCUGGAGUUGGUAUAGUGUCAUAUGACCUCAGUGGGAUAGACAAGCAUAGUUUUGUUUCUCCCAAGGAUAGCUCAGUCUUUGUUGGUCUCAAUAUAUCAAAUGCAAACAGCAUUUACACCAAACUGGGUCUUUUGAAUGGCGAGGUACCAAUCGGAUGCCAAACAAAGAGCCUAGAAAACUUCCCAUGCGGGUUAAAAAUAGCCUACAACUCCUCCUCGACCCUGUCGAAUGAUGUUCUCGUCGAGUCAGGGCCUGUUCACAUCUUUACAGACAACAACAAAAAAAUUCCCCUGAGUCUUGUGGGAUACAAUUUCGACUGAUCUAAUCAAUCAGGUAAAAAAUCGGAGGUGCUGAAAGCACUUAUCACCCAGACAAGCAUUACCAAAACGAGCUCGGCAGGCCAAACAUCGGACAAAAUGUGUUCCUUUAAACCAACAGCAGAAGCUUUGAUUGAGUUAAUACAAGAAGACGCUUUUCCAAAGUCUUUCAUGCGAUACUUGACAAACCAGCUACCAUUAGGGAUACGACUCAUGGUUAAAGACGACAACACUCUAUUUGCAACAGAAAACAUUCGAGCUGACCUCAUUCAAAUCGCCGGCACGCAGAAUACUUACCUGAAUUGCAAGUUUCCUCCUCUUAAUGUCCCCACUGCAAUGGUCAUAUAUCGUCCGAAAGUCACUUUUACUAUUUCCCCUGGAGGCAAACAGAUUUCCUUGCCCAGCAAAGGUUGUUGCUUUGCAACCGACACGUGUGGUAAAGCAGUGUUCCUGACGUUAUCCGAAAAGGCUGCUAAAGAAAUUAGCAAAAUGCUCGUUUUGAAGGGCUUGACUGAUUAUGGCUGGGAUGUCGUGUUAACAUCUUUUGGUUUCACCGCUCCGAAAAAAUACCAAAGCUUAACGAACUCUUUGCCUACAGAUCCAAUGGCUGAACUCUUUUCAGAUUUUCAUUAUAAUAUGUUGUGGAAAGGAAUUACGAAAAUUACCCUGAAAAAUACAAGUGAUUUUACAAUCAACAUGAAAAUGACUGGCCAAGUUUUCUCAUUUGUAGAGGAUUUGAACAGCUUACUCACCAGGUACUUUUCUCAGCCAAUCAAGAGUAUAUUCCAUGGAUCAGUUGAGUUUACUUUUCACCUACAAGCCCUUGGCGAGAAGUUUUAUCUGACGUUUCACGCCAACAGUGUGGUGGCAAAGUCACAACUUGGAGGACCACCCCUUCGCUCAUCAGAAUGCCACCCUCCGCAAGGAUUCACCCUCACCCUGGAUCGAGAAAGCAAACCUUUCAAAAAUAGCAUUCUUUCAACAAUCAUUAGACCCAAUGGAGGCAUCAAAUAUUUGCAAAUCUACUACUCUAUUAAUGGUGGAGAAGAUAUCGCAGCAUUGGAUCCUAACAAUAACUUGAGAUCUCUGGAGUAUCAGACGCAAGACAUAAAGAGGGUCUUUUUAGAUGUUCAGAUAUUUGUUCCUGAAUUGCAAGAAACAACACAAAAGUGGACUGGCUUUUUAGAAGAGACACUCGUUAAGGUCAUCAAAGCUAGAAAUUACCUCUCUUCUUCUUCAGAUCUCUUGCAACUAAAAAAACUGAUCGCAGAGAUUGACAGCGAUCUUGACAAGAUACCGAGGGUCCUUGGUCUCCUUAUAGCCAAGUCACAGCCGUACAGGAAUCGUUCAAACAUUGAAAAUUCCAUCAGUCGCCUCCUCAGACUUAAAUCAGACCUUCCAGAGACCAUCUCUCUGGUAUUCACUCAGUCGUCCAUUCGGCAAUCCUUUGCUGGUGUUCGUUUUGCCCUUUUAGCACAGAUUUGUCACAAAAGACUCUGUUUCACCAACAUCAACUGUAAUGUUUGGUCCCUGACUGACAAUUACUGUUUAACCAAUAGUUCUGGUAUAGACAGUAGUGUAAUCGUCGAAGGAACUGCCUUGAGAGACAUACCUCUUGGUACUGCAAUAACAUUCCCUGCUCGAAGACCACUGAGAAUGCUAAUCAGCCGUAAAAAUGAGCCACUCGAGACAACAUUUGAGUGUUUCGUUAAAUUAUUAGGACUGACCAAAAACACAAGCAUACGAAUGGUUGGACAUAAGCUCUUCUUUUCCAUGUCGGGACCCAUUUUUGGAACAUUCGAGACGCUAUUGAAUGUUACAGCUGAGUUUAAGAACGUAGCGGACUGGAACUCCCUACUGUUUGGAGUGAAGGGCACCAUGAACAAGUCAUCAGGUUUUCAUAUGAUGCUAGAAAGAAAGAUUGCCAACGAGACCACCCUUGCAGCCAAAGAGGCACACAGAAGGUUGGGGAAGGCGAAGGCGGCCUUCAGUGAUGCAAAGAUGAAGGCAGAUGCAGCCAGGAAAGUUCUAAAAGAAAAACAGACGAUCACCGAACAGCUGAGACGAGAAAAGGAAAACGCUGCAGAGGAUCUUCGUGUGGCACGUCUACAAUAUCAAUUGGCAAAAGUGCGUUUCAACAACACGGUCUACCUUCAACGACAUAUUCUAAAUCCGGUGUGUGAAAUAAGAGAGUGCAACUACACUUGUUUGAAAGGUUGUGUUCAACCUAACUUCUGCAAGGACCCGAUAAACAUAACUUAUCUUGAGCGAUACUGUGACACGGUUGACAAACCAAUGACAGUCAAAGUUGUGGAAAGCAGCACUAAAAAACGUAGUUUCGCUGUGCAGACGUAUCAUACUGUGUAUACUGGAAACUGUAGAUCAGGGGUCUCCUUCAAAAAAAUAAUGAAUUAUGCUAAGAAGGGAGCUCAGGUUGGAAAAUUUGUUGGUGGGAUUAUUGGGAGUGCGUUUGGACCCGUAGGAACAAAAGUCGGAAAGGUUAUUGGAACAUUGGUCGGUGCGAUUGGUGGAGGUGUUGUUGGAUAUUUCAGCAAGAAAAUAUUUGGCUGUUCUGACACUUACGAGACAGUUCUUGGUGAACCGCGGCUUGUUGAGUACGAACAGAAAAGUUUCGAGGUGAAAGCUGUAGUAAAGAUGAUCAAGGAAAUUGAGUGCUCAGGCCACGAAGAGAAAACUAAACCCGGUGGAUUCGGUCCUCCAUACCCCUGCUGCAAGAGAUAUGGCUGCCAGAGCAAAGUCAUCGAUCCUCUUUGUAUCAAACACAACGAAGAAUGCCUGAUAUAUAUGACUGAGCUUAAAUUCACGCUUGAUGCCUUGAAUGAAACUUUUCAAUAUGCCUUUCUGAAUCUUAGGGAAUCCGUUGACAAUUUUAAAAAGGCUACAGCUGUUUACGAGAAAGCCAGAAUUCGUCAUGAGGCGGCACUUAACACGCUGCAAAAAGUAAAAUCUUACACGGAGCAGAGCCUAUCAGCGGUAGAAAUUGUCAAUGCUUCCAUGCUUCAUGUUCGCCGCGUAGUCUACUUUGGAUUGAAAAUAUCCCAAGCAAUGAACGCCACUAAUUCGUAUGGUAAUAAAACUGUAGAUGUUGGAGACCUUAAAUUCUCUCUGACCACGGCAUCAGAAGACGCGAAAAAGAUCCUUUUUCAAUGCAACGUUAACUCUGCCAAUAGUAAAUCAACGUUGGUCUCUUUUAUAGUUGACUUUGAUCAAGUCGAACGUUCAAUCAGUUCUGCCUCCAAGACGAUCCUUAGCAAGCUGUUUGGUGGUACAUCCUCCAGAAAGAAGCGAGUAGCUCCAGAUGAACAGAGUCAGUUUGGAAAUUCCUCAAAUAUAAAUGGUUUCCAUAUCAGCUUCACUGAUUACCCUCAUGCAUGCCAGUUUGUCAAUUCCACACAUUUGUUCCUGAGCUCCAUUCUUCACUCACUGGAUAACCUUAUUUCAGCUGCUAAAGGACUGGAUGAAGAGCUCUCUUCCGGAUUCCAAGACCUUGACAGGCUGACACACACUGUUGGUGGUGGUUCAAGUAAUUCCAAUAUUUCCAACAGUUCCUCAAUUAGUUCAAACAGUUCGUUCGUGACCGACUACUUGGAGAUGAUAGAACUCCUUAGAAAUGAGAGCAUCCAGGUUAGAAAUGACUCUUCGCAAUCUUGGAAUGAAACGUUUGAGGCUUGGAGGGCAUUCCUUGAGGUAUUUACACAUAAUAGCGGAUUCCAAGAAUGCGCCGGUGCCAUUGACUGUAUCGAAUACUUUUUUGAAGGGUUAAGGGAAUUUUACGAGUUUGAAAGAAGUCCACGGGCACUAAAGAUAAAAGACGCACUUCCUAAGCUGAAAGAUAUGAUUAUGGCAUUAACGUCUGAAGUGUUAACAAUGCCAGAAACUGAAAAAGCACUCCAACAAGCUGUUUUGUUGCUGAAUGAAACCCGCGAUCAUUCCGUUCUGUGUGGGGGGACACCUUACAUUACCUCUUCACCUCAAAAGGAAAUUAUCAUUCUGACCGGAGAAAGUUUAUUGCUUCGUUGCAUUGCUGAAAGUGAAGCUGACAUAAAGUAUGCUUGGAUGAGGAAUGAUAAACUCGUUGAGGAAUCACUGGAUGGAACUUUCAAUGUAAGCGCUAUUAGCGAACAACACGAAGGUGCUUAUGUUUGCGUCGCUUCAAACAAUAAAGGCAGUUCAUUGUCUAAUGUCACGAUCAUCAAAGUUCAUAACAAGCCCAGCAUCACUCUACAUCCACAGCCACAAAGAGUAGUCGUUGACAGUGAAAUGCCAGCAACAUUCGUUUGCAACGCAACGGGCCAACCAGCGCCUACUUUUGAAUGGUUCUUUGUAUCUAUCAAUUCGUCUUUUACCAAAGUAAACGAGACCAGACCCGUGUUACACAUGACUGGACCUCGCCAACAUCAAGAGGGUUAUUACUACUGUGAGGCAUCCAACGAUCAUGGUGUGGCAAUCAGUCAGAAGGCUCGGCUUGACGUACUAGGCUACUCUGUGGGUCUUCCAAGGCUCCUUUUCGCCCUGAAUAUCUCACUUCCGUGCUGGCAGGCAUUAAAUUCCUCCAACAGUUCUGUACACGAAGCUUCGUCAUGCAAUUCCAGCUUCAUCGAAGCAUUGUCGUCAUCAGAAAACGAGACCAUGACUGAUGACAUUCUUUUUUCCCUUGCAAGAUCACUUAACGUGUCCGUGGAGCUGAUAUCUGAGUUUGAGUAUGGCUCAAGAAAUAACUACACCGCCACCAUUGCAUUCAUACUCGAUAUCGAUAAAGAGGCUUGGAAACAAUCCAACUUUACCCGGCACAUACAAAUAGUUGGAGCCAUCGCUGAAGUUAGCGCCAAUCUGAUUGAGAAAGUGGAACAGUUCAAUUCUAGUAUAAUGAACAAGACUUUUGAGAUACCUUGGAACAACUCCGUUGUCUAUGGAGACCCAGGAAGCCUUCUUGCUUACCCUCUCUCUCCGAAAUGUCCCGAUGGACAGGCCCUCCAUGAAAAUGGCUACAUUUGUGCAAACUGUCCUGCCGGCUCAUCAUAUGCGGAGGAGGAUGAAACAUGCACAGAAUGUCCGCUUGGAACUUACCAACCUGUGCAAGGACAAACAAGAUGUAUUUCCUGCGGCACAAACCUCACCACAGCCUUCAAUGGAACAGUGGAAGAAUCAGACUGUAUUGCUGAUUGUCCAGCUGGUUCAUACAGCACAAAGAACAGAACGUGCUCUCUCUGUCCGCUUGGCAUGUACCAACCAUCCCGAGGAAAGCCAGCUUGUCUUUCUUGCGGCAAAAACCUGACGACAGUUACCAAUGGAACUGUGCAAGAAAUACACUGUAUUGCAAACUGUCCUGCUGGCUCGUACAGCUUUGUGAACCGGACAUGCGCUCUUUGUCCGCUUGGUUCUUACCAGCCCUCUGAUGGUCAGAUAGAUUGCCUUCCCUGUGGACAAGGUCUCACCACAGUCUCACCAGGAACUGUCAGUAAAUCGCAGUGUGAAGAGAUUCAAAAACCAGUUACUGAAGACAAAACAACUUCUUCUACACCAUUGGUAACAUCGCGAAAUGUUGAAAUGGAGACAGGUACCAAUGAACAGCUAACAACUAAGACUCCAGGAGAGGCAAAAGAACAGGAAAAUUCUCAGGAGUCUUCCUGGAAACUUCCCGUCAUCAUUGUUCCAUUACUCGUAGCGCUAGUGGUAGGUCCCAUACUUACGGUCGUCAUCUGUAAGAGGCGGAGAGUAAGAAGGAAUGAUUCAAAACCUAGCAUAGAACCAGCAAGGACGGCGCAAUUUGAGAAUCCAGUGUUUGACCGUCUUGACAAUCCAAUUUACGGAUUCGCCGAGCAGAAGCCGCGAAAGCAAGCAAAGGAUAACGAAUACUCAUUGGCAGAAGGGCUAGGGAAGGUUGCAUUCAGUGAAGAUAAUCCUGGAGAAUUUUACGACGACAUUAAGGACUUCAAAAAGGAUGCUACAAACGACGUUGCCGAUGAGCCGAUUUAUGAAAUUUUGGAUAGUUCUUUAGAAGAGAAAACCGGUUUUAGUUUUACAAACUCAGGCUUUCAGUGAGGCAGCGAUGGUUUAAUGUUUGGUGAUUUUUCCCUUUUGAUUUUGACUUCAUGUAGUUCAGUUCGCUUUAGUCAGAACAACUUUAACCUUUUUGCUCUGUCUACGAUAUGGAAUAAGGUAAACACUUGAGGAAUAGGAGGUUGGAGUUCUUUACAGGUGUAAAAAAAUCUUUCCCCUCACCCUCAAAAACGACGAAUUUGGUAAUAAGCCCUCCCCCCCCAUCCAAUACCUUUUUAUGCUCCGUUCAUGUGUGUACGUUCAACAAUAUAUUCAGCUAGAAAAAAUACCUCAAUCAAAAUGAUUAGUUCUGCAUCGUGCAAUCCGUCAAGAAAAAGUUUGUUACUGGACGAACUUUAAAAAUACUACUUUUACUCGUUUCAAAAUUGUUAAUCUCUUUAAUUUUUUUUUUUCAAGUCAAGAUCAGUUUUUGCUGAAGUACUUUUUGUCCGGGCAUUUUAGAGAUAAAGACAUGCUCUCAUCAAUUAGAAUAGAUUUGAUUAACUGCUAAAGAGUAUUUUUAAGAAAAAAAUAUGCAGUAAUUCAGUGGUUUGUGUUAAGUAGCCAGUGGAUUUUAGAAUCGUUUGAACAUAUUUACAUAAAGUUCCACAUGCAUCUUGUGUGUAAAAUCUCAUUUCCAUCCCCGCAUGUAUCCAUUUGAAAUCAGCUUUUGAUAAGCACAGCUUUAUUCCCAGAUUUAAACGCGGAUCAUUUGACACAAUCCAGGAGCUAAAAGCCUAGGCUUUGAGUAAAUUUCGGGGUUCACCAAGAGCACUAAGAAAUAAUAUUCCCCUUCGCAAGCAAACAUUUUCUUUACAGCAGUAUUAAGGGCGACUUUGUCAUGUUUGCCAAAAGGCCUUUUUCUGGUUGUCUGUAUUUGCGUUUUAUGUUUGAAGAUCACAAAAUAAACUGCAACGAAUACUUCAGAUCUCAACGAAUAUGGCUAGCUUUGUUGUGUAUGCUUUGAUAUGACUUGUUACUGAGCUAUCGGUGUGGCUUUUCUGGGAACAAGGAAUGUAAGUACAAAAGGAUAGAAACAAUCAUCUCAGUAAAGCCAUUAUUAAAAAACUCUGUGAGUGAUCUGA